AUGGUUAAUCUGCUGGAUGUUAUUCAGUAUACCCUGUACACCACAUGGUUAAUCUGCUGGAUGUUAUUCAGUAUACCCUGUACACCACAUGGUUAGUCUGCUGGAUGUUAUUCAGUAUACCCUGUACACCACAUGGUUAAUCUGCUGGAUGUUAUUCAGUAUACCCUGUACACCACAUGGUUAAUCUGCUGGAUGUUAUUCAGUAUACCCUGUACACCACAUGGUUAAUCUGCUGGAUGUUAUUCAGUAUACCCUGUACACCACAUGGUUAGUCUGCUGGAUGUUAUUCAGUAUACCCUGUACACACAUGGUUAAUCUGCUGGAUGUUAUUCAGUAUACCCUGUACACCACAUGGUUAAUCUGCUGGAUGUUAUUCAGUAUACCCUGAACACCACAUGGUUAGUCUGCUGGAUGUUAUUCAGUAUACCCUGAACACCACAUGGUUAGUCUGCUGGAUGUUAUUCAGUAUACCCUGUACAACCACAUGGUUAAUCUGCUGGAUGUUAUUCAGUAUACCCUGUACACCACCAUGGUUAAUCUGCUGGAUGUUAUUCAGUAUACCCUGUACCACCACAUGGUUAAUCUGCUGGAUGUUAUUCAGUAUAGCCCUGUACACCACAUGGUUAUCUGCUGGAUGUUAUUCAGUAUACCCUUACACCACAUGGUUAAUCUGCUGGAUGUUAUUCAGUAUACCCUGUACCCACAUGGUUAAUCUGCUGGAUGUUAUUCAGUAUACCCCUGUACACCACAUGGUUAAUCUGCUGGAUGUUAUUCAGUAUACCCUGUACACCACAUGGUUAAUCUGCUGGAUGUUAUUCAUAAAACCCUGUAACACCACAUGGUUAAUCUGCUGGAUGUUUAUUCAGUAAAACCCCUGUACACCACAUGUUAAUCUGCUGUUUUUUAUUCAGUAUCCCCUGUACACCACAUGGUUAAUCUGCUGGAUGUUAUUCAGUAAAACACCCUGUACAACCACAUGGUAAUCGUUGGAUUUUAUUCAGUAUAACCCUGAACCACGGUUAAUUGCUGGAGUUAUUCAUAUACCCUGUACACCACAUGGUUAAUCUGCAUGAUGUUAUUCAAUACCGUACACCACAUGGUUAAUCUGCGGGAUGUUAUUCAGGGAUCAAACCCUGUACACCACAUGGUUAAUCUGCUGGAUUUAUUCAGUAUACCCUGUACACACAUGGUUUAAUCUGCUGGAUGUUUUUUCAGUAAUACCCUGAACACCACAUGGUUAAUCUGCUGGAUGUUAUUCACAUACCCUGUCCACCACAGGGUUAUCUGCUGUAUGUUAUUCAGUAUAAACCCUGAACACCACAUGGUUAAUCUGCUGGAUGUUAUUCAGUAUACCCUGUACACCACAUGGUUAGUCUGCUGGGAUGUUAUUCAGUAACCCUGUACACCACAUGUUAAUCUGCGGGAUGUUAUUCAGUAUACCCUGUACACCACAUGGUUAAUCUGCUGGAUUUAUUCAGUAUACCCCUGUACACCACAUGGUUAGUCUGCUGGGAUUUUUCAGUAUACCCUGUACACCACAUGGUUAGUCUGCUGGAUGUUAUUCAGUAUACCCUGUACACCACAUGGUUAUCUGCGGGAUGUUAUUCAGUAUACCCUUUACAACCCACAUGGUUAAUCUGCUGGAUGUUAUUCAGUAACCCUGUACACCACAUGGUUAAUCUGCUGGAUGUUAUUCAGUAUACCCUGUACCCACAUGGUAGUCGCUGGAUGUUAUUCAGUAUACCCUGUACACCACAUGGUUAAUCUGCUGGAUGUUAUUCAGUAUACCCUGUAACACCACAUGGGUUAAUCUGCUGGAUGUUUUCAGUAUAACCCUGAACACCACAUGUUAGUCCUGCUGGAUUUAUUCAUAUACCCUGAACCCACAUGGUUUUAGUCUGCUGGAUGUUAUUCAGUAUAAACCCUGUACACCACAUGGUUAAUCUGCUGGAUGUUAUUCAGUAUACCCUUACACCACAAUUGUUAAUCUGCUGGAUGUUUUCAGUAUACCCUGUACACCACAUGGUUAAUCUGCUGGAUGUUAUUCAGUAACCCUGUACCCCACAUGGUUAAUUUUGCUGGAUGUUUUUCAGUAUACCCUGUACAACCACAGGGUUUUAAUCUGCUGGAUGUUAUUCAGUAUACCCUGUACACCACAUGGUUAUCUGCUGGAUGUUAUUCAGUAUACCCUGAACACCACAUGGUUAAUCUGCAGGAUGUUAUUCUAUACCCUGUAAAACCACAUGGUUAAUCUGCUGGAUGUUAUUCAGUAAAAACCCUGUACCCCCACAUGGUUAAUCUGCUGGAUGUUUUUCCCAGUAUACCCGUACACCACAUGGUUAAAUCUGCGGAUGUUUUUCCCGUAUACCCUGACACCACAUUUUAAUCUGCUGGAUGUUAUUCAGCAUACCCCUGUACACCACAUGGUUAAUCUGCUGUAUGUUAUUCAGUAUACCCUAACACCACAGGGUUUAAAUCUGCUGGUGUUAUUCAGUAUACCCUGUACACCCACAUGGUUAGCCCUGCUGGAUGUUAUUCGUAUACCCCUGUACACCACAGGGUUUAAAUCUGCGGGAUUUUUAUUCAGUAUACCCUGAAACACCACAUGGUUAAUCUGCUGGAUGUUAUUCAGUAUACCCUGUACACCACAUGGUUAAUCUGCUGGAUGUUAUUCAGUAUACCCUGUACACCACAGGGUUAAUCUGCUGGAUGUUUUUCAGUAUACCCCUGUAA